ACGUCACGUCUCGGGGUGAAAGCGUCGCGCGCUGCUCCCGCGGUAAACAGUUGUAAGUUUUGAAUUAAAAUGGAAUCGGUCUCGAGUAACCGGAGAGCCUCGCGGAUCCCAAAGUGCGCGCGCUGCCGGAACCACGGCCUCGCGGUGCCUCUGAAGGGUCACGCGCGCCGGUGCCGAUUCUCUCAGUGCGAGUGCUGGAAGUGCGCGCUUAUCUCCGAGCGCACGCGCAUCAUGGCGAGACAGCGCGCGGGCGGCGUCGUGAAAGAGGGGCGCGGGAGAGGCGCGACCGGAACCGGGAACGCGACCGGUACCUCUGCAGGGGUAAACGGUGACCCGCGCGUCACCCGGAUCCUGGCGCACACCGGGGAGGAGCACGAGCCACCGACACCGGCACCGAGCGAUCCGGAGACCCCGCACAAGUCCACUGAUCUCAGAGCCGGCGCUCAGGACAGCGGGGUUAUGAGAGAGCGGCCCCAUUUGCCCUGGGAGCAGAUGUUGGCAGAAAGAGCCCAGAACGCUGUUUAUUGUAGAGAUGUUUCCAUGCCGACGCCCUUUCACCUGAGUGUUCCUCCCUACGCCAACGCCUACCCGCACUCCGCCUUCCUGCUCAGCCUCGGAGCUCCUCCACUCGGGUUUCCUCCUGUUCCCCAGGCGGCGCUGUUGGACUCCAGACAGGAAGGUCCUGGAUUCUUCUACACGCCGUAUCUUUUUCACCCAAAUCUUGAUCUCUACCACACCAGGGACGGAAUGGACGGAGUGGACAUGUCUCCUCUACAUUACGGAGGAACCUGAAGACGGCUGAGCAGGCAGGAGGACGCUGAUCUACACUUUCCCAAUGGAAAUCUGUUAUAUGGAGAAAGAAUGAUCUAAAAAUAAAACAUUAAAGCUUCGAUAUAACUUUAUACUUUGUAUAAAAUUAGUUGGGUGUUCAUCAUUUCUGUUAAUGUUUUCAGCCUAGACAUCUGUUAAAGAGGAUUUCACUGUAAAUGUUUAUUUCAUUAAAAAAGAUUUACGCA